ACGGGGUAAGGCGCGGCCCCGCGGCUGUGCGUGCGCGCUCCCGGCCCCCCCCGCCUUCCCCUCUCUCUGUGUCCCUCUCUCUCCCUCUCUCCGCCGCGCUCGGCCCGCUCUGCCCCCCCUUUGUGCGCGCUCCGAGCCGCCCCCGCAUCGCCGACUCGCCAUGGCCGACGAGAAGCCCAAGGAAGGAGUGAAGACUGAAAACAAUGACCACAUUAAUCUGAAGGUGGCAGGGCAAGAUGGGUCUGUGGUGCAGUUUAAGAUUAAGAGGCACACACCACUUAGUAAACUAAUGAAAGCCUAUUGUGAACGACAGGGGUUGUCAAUGAGGCAAAUCAGAUUCCGGUUCGAUGGGCAGCCAAUUAAUGAAACAGACACACCUGCACAGUUGGAAAUGGAGGAUGAAGAUACAAUUGAUGUGUUCCAGCAGCAAACAGGAGGAGUUUACUAAAACAAACACACAAAAAAAGAACCUGCUACUUUCCUCUCCAGAACUGUGCUCCCACAGGCGACACUUCACAAUUAGAAAAAUGAGACUUGGUUCAGCCACAUCCUGACUACUGCAGUAUAGUUUUCUCUCUUCUCUCUGAUUUUUUUCUUAUUCCUUUUAUUGUACAUAAAGUAACUGGUGAUGUGCACAGGCAUAAUGCAUUUUUUUUUUUUAACUAAAUGGCCAAUGGUAUGUUUUGAUCAGCAUUUAAUGGAGAUGGGGUGGGAAAACAAACUGGUUCUGUGAAAAUGCCCCUCUCUCCGUUAGUGGCAUGCUUCUUCUACUUUUACAGAAUCACAGAAUAAGCCGAGUUAUCUUUAUAUUCCAGUAAGUUAUUUUGCUCUCACUGUUAAAAAACAAAAACCUUGCAUACCUUGUUUGAUUGGAUAAUUUCAAUGUUUUUCUUUUAUCAUUGUAAAACCAAGGGCAAUUUUAUAACUUUUUUGUACGUAGCUGUUACAUGUAGAGCAAUCUCUGUCUAAGUAGGGGUAAAUUACUCUUUAAAAAAAAAAAAGGAAAAAAAAGUCCUAGAUAGUUUUCCCUUCAAGUAAAACGUCUUGUUGUUUAAAUAAACUUCUUGUUUAAAAUAA